GAGACAUCGCGGCUGCUAUAGUGGACAUGAUAUUGGUGGGCUCCGCUGGCAGACGGGCAAAGGGGCAGGUGCCCUGCCUGUAAUUUGGUCCUGAACUCAGCAUGGCUGCUCCCGAAGUUUCCAGUGCAGGACCAAAUAUGCUGCACCCCAACUCCCGGACUUUAACAUUACGUGGAAAAAGGGGACAUGCAGCAGAAGACAGCAGCCAAGGGGCAGUGUCAGACUGUAAGAAAAUGCACAGCUCCCUCAACAAAGUGACUGCCUGCUACCGCCAACUGGUGCUGUGUGUUGGAGGCACAUCCGACUGUACUCGACUGAGGGAGGAAUUGGAGGAGAGCAGAAAGAAGGCAUUCGAUCUGAGCACUGAUCUGAGCAAUACGCUGAUGGUCUUGCUAAUGAAUGAGGGGGUUAGCCAAGAAGACCGCGUUGAGCUGGAACGCAUUUGGGUUCUCUUCCUUUCAACGCUUGAGUUCUUCCAGCAGGAUUUGUGCAAAGCCCACCACCUUUGCCAGCUUUUCCCACUUCAUGGUCGGCGCAAGAGACUUGUGAACACAGGGGUGAUUGGCAAGACCUCUGAGGUGGCCUACAGGGCUAGGAACAUUAAGUCACCCAGCAGCAGCAGAAUGCACGAGAACCAGCAGCGAACAGAGAGACCCUGCUCUCCAGACCUCGCUGGGCAGAUCGAACACAUGGAGAGAAUGUUGCAUGACAUGCAGAUGAAAGUCAGUAUCCCUAUCUGGACAGUGGAGGCCACAGAAGAGGCCUGGGCAGAAGUUGCUUCCACAUGUGAUUUAGAUGAGUGUUCAGAUAAUGAGAUCCUGGCAGGAGAGGACAUUACCAGCAGGGGUUGCUGUGCUCAUGGCCAGUCUCUGCCUGGGCCUCUUUGUAUGGUUUCAUAACAUGGGCAAUGGUUUCAGCUCUGAAAUAAUAGUCUUUAAUGAGGGUGGAAGCAAUAAGUGAGUCAAGAAACCACAAUCUACUCAUGAUAUAUCCUCUGAUGUCUUCAGCUGUCAUGCCGUCUGACCUCAGGAUGCCUCUCUGUCUGUCCUGUUCUUAUGAGUAAGAAUCAUAGACCAAAGAGUUCAGAAAGUUACUACAGUAGUCGGAAUACAGCAUGCACAUUGUUCAGAUAACCUGUGGACUACUGCUUAAACCAUUAAAAUAUUUAUAAAUGCGUGGUGGAUGAAAUGGGUUGUGCUGUAGAAGACAAGUUAUAAAUAAAUUAUCUACAGGUAUCUGA